AGGGCAAUUGCUUCCGAUUACGUGAUAUUCAGUAGUCCCUGAUUGUGUAGAUGUGGCUGUUUGGGCACUGGUUUGUAGAAACCUCAUAAAUUUGACGAAAAGGGUGAAGCUGCUGUGGUGCUGUUGAAUUGUCGAUGAGGGUUGCGAUCCUCUGAUCGUAUUGUCGUAGAAAACAUUCCACAUUCUGUUUUAGCGUAUGUUACUCGUGAAAUCGUUGGGAUUUUAUGUUACUGUGAAAUUAGGUUUCGGGAGAGAGUGAUUGGGGGAUGAGGAGGUAGUUGCUCAAGUACUUGCGGAUCUUGGUUGUAGGUUGAGAAAAUAUGGCGCUACGUGAGCGAGAGUCGCCUUUGGCAGCAUUUCUGAGGGCGGAGGUGCCGGACUGGGACGACGAGGUGGUGUCUAGAGCUCGGUUUAAGGGUUUUUCGGGACAGAGGGUGGAUUGGGAGAACAGGCUCCAGUUCUGGAAGGAUUUGGUGGUGAAGUGUGCAUGUCAUCUUGGCGUGGUUGCAAUCGAGCCAAGCAAAGUCCAGCAUCAAUGGUUUGUUCGUGAAGGGUUAACACCGUUGGGAAUGUCUACGGUUCUGACUGAAAUGCGCAAAUCCGGGGAGCUUCAAACCAGAGAAGAAUUGAUGCGGCCCAAGGCAACUCUUACCCAAUAUACUGGUUCUGUUUUUCAACAAGUGUUCGCAUGGAUGGGUAACCAAGUCCGUGGUACAGCAGAUGCAGCACAGCCGAGUCUAAUGCCUGAUAUGCUGAUAGUCACUCCUCUUCUCCAGGAUCGGAGCGCAGCAGUUAUCAAAAAGUUGUCAGAAGCUGAGUGGAGACAUGUGUGCGUAGUCACCAUGAUGCGAUUUCGAGAGCUCUGCGGUUCCUCAGAGACUGCAGACUUACUGAUGGCUUUGUUGAUUAAUCAAGGCAGAGUUCGUCAUAUAAAGUUGGGGGGGAAAGAAAAUAUCGAGGGAAUAAAAAUUGCUCUCAAGGAUGAGCCUGUCGCAGAUUCUUCAGAAUUUGAUAGUCAUUUACUGCGGUUGCACUGGACCUUGGAAAGGUUGCAGCAGCAAAUAAAUGUCCUUGAUGUCCGGAUAGCAAGCUCAAGAACUGCAACGUUGUUGGCUCUUAAGUCUAGGGACAAGAAAGGGGCUCUUCGGCAUGCACAUCGAAUGAAGGUCCUAAUGGCAAGCAAGGAAAAAUGUGAGACUUCCAUGGACAGAAUUGACGAGAUUUUGACCUCCAUUGCUGAUGCAGAGGCAACAAGAAAGGUUGCUGAUGCUGUGAAGGUAGGAGCGCAAGCGAUCAAAGAUAAUCAUGUCACCUUAGUAGAAGUUCAAACGUGUCUAGAUGAGGUGGAUGAAGCUAUCUCUCAGCAACGUGAAACUCAAGCAAGUUUAGCUGAGGGACCUCUCAUUACAGAUGCGGACAUGGAUCUUGAAGUAGAAUUUUCGUUACUGGAAGCUGAGUUGGACAACGGCUCCAUUACUGAAAUCAACAAUUUGCCUGAAGUUGGUCAUAAAGAAAAGUUGCCUGCGCACUUGAGAUCUUCCCAUUUGGAUGCGUCGAACACUAGUGUAUCGACAUCUGAAGGUUCAAUUGAAGGCUCAGCCAAGUUAGCAGAUCACCAGGAAGAGGAGUCCGCUGAUUCUUUGGAAAGAGCAUUUAAGAAGCUUGAACUUGAACUUGCCUAAUUUUUUGACAACUGGGGCAGUUGACACAGCUAAUCGAUUGUAUGAUAACCCCUGUAACUAUAGUACAGUUCUUUGAUCAGCAGGAUACUAUGGGUAAGCAGUCAAUUUGUGAGAUACUACAGUCCAAUACCUGUGGUGACGUGUUUGAUACUUUUAGAAUGUCUUAUGUACGCUUCCGUGUGAGGUUAUCGUAAGAUUGGUUUAGAAAUACUUCGUGUCGGUGAUAAGCAAUUUGUUGGGCAAGGCAUGUACUAUAUUGGUACGGAUGCUUAUAUGUACUAUAUAAUUCACUGCUAAACCUUGGCAAACGUCAUGUAUAUUUGCCACUUCGGGUGGUGAGCAAUUUUUUUAGGAAACACUGUUUGCAUUGUAA